AUGGGAAUAUUUAACGAACAAUCUUCAGAUCAUACCUUUGCUAGGGGAAUACAAGGAGCACCAGGAGUUGGAUUUAAUCUCACUUCAAGUGGUGAUUAUGAUAUGAUAAAUAAAAAACUAAGAAAUGUUGGUACACCUAGUGCUAAUACUGAUGCUGCAACAAAAAAGUAUGUUGAUGACAUUUCCACUGGAACUCCCUCAACAUCACGACUAAUAGUUGAUUCAGAUAUUGAUAUGAAGGAUAAUUACAGAAUUAAAAAUCUUAUCACACCACAGGAUUCUAAAGAUCCAGCAACAAAAUAUUACGUAGACAACACAUUUCUUGACAGAGAUGGAUCUUACCCAAUGAAAGGAAAUCUUAAUAUGGACAACAAUCGAAUAUUAAAUCUGCCAGCUCCAAAUGGUAGUAAUCAACCAACACCAUUAGCUUUCACAGAUUUGAAGUAUCUACAUGUUGCUGGAACAAAUAAAAUGACUAAUAAUCUAAACAUGGAUAAUAAAAAAAUAAUUAACCUUAGACCGCCAACAUCAAACACUGAUGCAACAACUAAAAAGUAUGUAGAUGAUGCAAUACCUGAUACUAGUUCUUUUAUAAAAAAAGAUGGAAGUGUAGUAAUGACUGGAGACUUCAACACUGGCGGUCACAAAAUACUAAAUCUUCGAACACCUACAACAAACAGUGAACCAGCAACAAAAAAAUAUGUAGAUGAUAACACAGUUGCUCCAGAUUUAAGUAAUUAUUUGAAAAAAGAUGGAAGUGUUGCAAUGACUGGUAACCUAAAUCUUGGAAACAAAAAAAUAGUUGGUCUUGCAACUCCAACAUCAAAUACUGAUGCCGCAACCAAAAAGUAUGUAGAUGAUAAAACUUCUUCCGGUGGAAGUAGUGGAAGUGGUUUAGAUUUAAGUAAUUAUUUGAAAAAAGAUGGUACAGUAACUAUGACUGGUAACCUUAAUCUUGGAAGUAAUAAAAUAGUUGGUCUUGCAACUCCAACAUCAAAUACAGAUGCUGCAACAAAGAAAUAUGUUGAUGAUAAUAGUGGAAGUCCAGAUUUAAGUGAUUACUUGGAAAAAGAUGGUAGCGUCACUAUGACUGGUAAUCUUAAUGUUGGUAAUAAUAAAAUAGUUGGUCUCGCAAUUCCAGUGUCAAACACAGAUGCUGCAAACAAAGGAUAUGUUGAUUUUACUACUGGGUUUAAUUUAUUUACUUAUUUGAAAAGAGAUGGUACCACCGCUAUGACUGGAAACUUGAAUCUUAACAACAAUAAAAUAUUAAAUCUUAGUAAGCCAACCCAAGACAAUGAAGCGGCAACCAAAAAUUACGUCGACAAACUAGUUCAAAAAAAUGCAGUUCAACCAAGUCAUUAUAAAAAUGAGUUUGCUUAUCUUAUGUCAAGUGGGUCUCAAUGGACUGAUGAAAUAGAUGGAGGAGCUAGUUUUGUUAUAAAUAGGAUAGAUGACUUACCACCAAACAAAGGCAACUUUCACGAUUAUAAUCACAAAGUUAUUUACAUGUAUAUACUUAAAAUUAAAAGUAAAUAUAAGUAUAAGAUGGGAAUUAAUUUUUACAGACUACCUGCAAAUACUGAUUACACGUUGUGUUUGGAAAUACUCAACACAGAUUAUAAUCUUUGGAAUGAGACUCAAAUAAGUGUUGACAAAGGAACUUCAACAGGAUUAUCAAUUGGAAAUGUAGGUAUAAGAAAACUAUCCCAUAGGUAUACUGAUCCAAAAGGGCAAACACAAACUAUGUACUACCACAGAAUAAUAAUUAAUUUCCGGAAGUUGUCAUCUGGUAAAAGGUUCUUUCUUCACAUUCUUGUUGAUAUUUCAAAAAGAGAAUAUAACAUUGCGAAAUAUCCGCUAAUUUUUCAAGGGGUUUACAUAAUUGCUUAUGGAAUUGUGGGUACAUUUAGCAAUAUCGAUCCAGAUAAAGUUUACGAUUAUCACACCGCAUUUGAUAUUAAACCAACAGAAGUAGUGUACAAUGUUGAUAUAAAUGCAAAUAAUAAAAAAAUAUUAAACAUUAAUCUCGAUAGAAACAGUAACAAUAGUGCUGCAACAGUUGCAUUCGUAAAAGAACUAGCUCCUUUUACUAAAAAUUUUUUU